AUGACGAAGUUCGGAGCAGUCGUUGUUACGGCAGGACACAACCUGUAUGUCAUCUCAUUGGAGACGUCCAAUCACACUGCGCUGGAGAAACACCUUCUGAGUUUGCACAGAGCCGUGGUGAUACUUUUGCCGAUGAAUCUGUUGUUGCUCGUAGUAGGUGGCAUCUGCACUCUCUUCAGCGCCCUCAUGUACAGUAGUUGUCUUCUCAAGGCCUCUGCUACAUACCUGCUUCUCUGCAGUGUGCUUACCCUCUCUGGCGUGAGUAUCUACGUCAGCUACUCCCAGCAGGCCCUCGCAGAGGUCCAGCGCACGGUGGACGAGGCGACGCUGUCUCAGGUGGACCCAUCCUUCGGCUGGUCUCUGACUGUGGCCUGCCUCUCGUUUGGCCUGCAGGUGGCCUGUGGGAGCGUCCUGCUGGUGGCUGCCGGGAUAGCCCAAAGGCCGGCACGCUCCGCCAACCCCACCCUCCCCCUGCAUCAGCUGGAGAUGCAGCCCAGCACAAUAACGUCUCUCUGA